GAGGACCCCAACCAUAGAAGACUCAUCAGAGGAGAUCCACAUCAACCUCCAGACCAGGACACCAUCAGCCAGGUGGAUGUAUGAACCAAGUUUUCGGUCAUGUUGGACUUUAAUACAACAAAGUCACAUGGGAAAUGAGCCGUAUGGAUGUCCUAAUUGACUGAAAGUCUUUACCACAAUUCACUGGAGGAUUCACGCAGGACACAAGUCAUAUCCGUGUUCUAAAAGUCAUAAAUGUUUUGGAUCCUCUUCAACAUUGAUCCGCCACAAAGGACAACAGGAGAGAAGUAAUUUCAGUGUUCUGGAAGUGACAAUGACUUUACAGUAAAGUCAAACCCAUGUAUACAUAAAAGGAGUCAUUUCAGAAGAUAUUUCUUGUUUGGAAUGUGAUAAAGAUUUUACAAUGGAGGCAAAACGUAUCACACACCAGAAGGUUCACACUGGAGAGAAGCCAUAUCAGUGUUCUGAAUGUGACAAAGCUUUUACAUCGAAGUCGCAUCUUAUCAUACACCAGAGGGUUCACACUGGAGAGAAGCCAUAUCAGUGUUCUGAAUGUGACAAAACUUUUACAUCAACGUCAAACCUUACCACACACCAGAAGAUUCACACUGGAGAGAAGCCAUAUCGGUGUUCUGAAUGUGGGAAAGCUUUUACAUCAAAGUCAAGCCUUAUCGCACACCAGAUGAUUCACACUGGAGAGAAGUCAAUUCAGUGUUCUGAAUGUUGCAAAACUUUUACACAGCAUUACAACCUCAUCAGACACGAGAAGAUUCACACUGGAGAGAAGCCAUAUCAAUGUUCUGAAUGUGGCAAAGCUUUUACACAGCAUUACAACCUCAUCAGACACGAGAAGAUUCACACUGGAGAGAAGCCAUAUCAAUGUUCUGAAUGUGGCAAAGCUUUUAUAGGCAAGAGCGAUCUUAUCAUACACCAGAGGAUUCACACUGGGGAGAAGCCAUAUCCUUGUUCUGAAUGUAGCAAAGCUUUUACAUGCAAGAAUGAACUUGCUAAACACCAGAGGAUUCACACUGGAGAGAAGUCAUUUCAGUGUUCUGAAUGUGACAAAGCUUUUACAUUGAAGUCAAGCCUCACCCAACACCAGAAGAUUCACACUGGAGAGAAGUCAUUUCAGUGUUCUGAAUGUGGCAAAGCUUUUACAUUGAAGGCAAACCUUAUCAGACACCAGAAGAUUCACACUGGAGAGAAACCAUUUUAAUGUUUUGAAUAUGAAAAAAUAUACAACCUCUAGAAGCUUAAGCUGAGUAUAAUAGAAAGGGGGUGUACCAUUGUCCAAUAUAUAAUAAAUGGGAAAACUAGGAGAUCGGUCCCCAACCGGUCCCCCAAGACAAGGAGAAAUGGACUAUCUUGGUACUGGCUCAUUUAUCAUAAAUUUCAAUUUG